AUGGACGCCAAGCCGGAAAACCCAGUCAAGGCCGAGCAGUCCGUCCACUUUCCAUUCCUACAGAAUGGCAUGCAUGGAGGUCAGCUCGGACGAAAUCCAUUCUACGAUACGAAUACAGUGGCACCACAGAAACAAACAAAUGACGUUUUCUCGGGUAUGAAUUUAUCCAUGCAAGCGUUCAACACCAAUGCUACACCGGUGAAGGAAGAACAGCUGCCGCAAUUCAACAUGAGCUCAUGUUUCAACUAUUCAAGUCUCAAGCUUCCAGCCUGUCAUCCAGGAACGUUCUCUCAACCGGAUCCAUACCAAAUCCUUGGUCCAACUUGCAGUCGCCUCGCGCACUCUGGAAGUGGGCAGACCCAACUGUGGCAGUUUCUGCUUGAGUUGCUGGCUGACAAACGAUAUGACGAUGUCAUUACUUGGGAGGGCACUCAGGGAGAGUUCAAACUGGUGGACCCGGAUGAAGUGGCAAGGAAGUGGGGUGAACGGAAAUCGAAACCGAACAUGAAUUACGACAAGAUGUCACGUGCACUUCGCUACUACUACGACAAGAAUAUUAUGUGCAAGGUGCAUGGCAAAAGAUAUGCAUACAAGUUCGAUUUCCAAGGGAUAGCUCAGGCAUUGCAACCGCAGUCAGGAGGUGCCAGUUCUGACUAUCUGUCUCCACAAACGGUGAAUCGGUUGCAGCAGGAUUUUAUGCAGGGAGGGUGGUCCGCCAACUACAGAUCGUUGAUCCCGACCGGCUUACAGACAAGUGGUGCCUUUUUCAAUCCGUCAACGAUGGGAUACGGCGGAUUUGGGGGUGGAAAUAGCUCGGCGCUUCAAAGAAAUUUUCCCAUCUACGGAUCGAACAUGACCAACUACUCAAAAUGCUUGUGA